AUGCUCAGCAACGUUCAACCUACCAAUCUGAUCGAAAUCGACGAUUCAGACUCAGAGAUAGAAGUCAUCACUCAUAUCUCUCAGUCCUCCUCAAGCUCUAAUAUCUUCGAAUCAAGUCGACCCAAACGAAAAAGGGAUGACAAUGCAUAUGACGAUGCUCGUUUGAGAAAACAUACGAGGGAGUUCUCGAUCUCUAUUGACGAGAGACGCUCGAACAUACCACAAAAGCACAGAAAGACAGCUAAGGCCUUCUAUUCAUUUAGCCCAUCAACACUUCCUCUUCAACACCAAGAUAAUCACCCUCUUCGCAGAUCUCGGUAUAAAUCUCAGCCGUCUGCAAAGAAGGGUACAUCUACUCUUAUUUGGAUCAAGGGAGAACCGCAACCAUCUGCACGGUCGUCCUUCAAGGUGAACGCAGUAAAAGAGCCAUGUACCAAGAUAUUUAGGACAGGUUUCGAGUACAAUGGCGUCGAAUUUAAAGUCAAUGAUGCCAUUCUUAUAUCUACCGGUACUCCAUUUCACGGGCUCAUUCGUUCUAUAUUUACUGUCAAAUUUGAAGACGCAACAAUCCACGACCGACACUUUGUUCAUGUUCAUCGCCUGAAGACCUCUGUUUCCGCCAAUUCGCCAGGAUGUAGAAGGGGCAAACUCUUCUUAGAGCAUGGGCAGUGUCAAGAUGUCUCGAUCAAGCAGGUAAUAAAGGGUAGCAAAUUGGACUUUGAGCGUAUUGGUGGAACAUCGGGUGCAGCCCGAGGCAAUGCGAAACACUUUUGCCAAUUCGUGGACCAGCCAACUCAUUCCACCAUUCGAGAACCCUCACUUGCAGAAGCUCAACACGGGUGCGAUUCGUGCGAGUCUCGGCAUGAAAGGGACAAAUACAACAAACCUUGCCUGUCGAAUGGUGUUCUCCAGUUUGGCGACAAAACCUUUCACUCUCGUGACUUCGUCUUUAUCGAUCCCAAAAUUCGUGGGACAGCUUACAUCAUUGGUCAAAUUCAGGAGUGGACGCAGAAUGCUCACGGAACAUUAGUGACCGUAAGGAUAUUAAAGAGGCAUCAAGAGGUCGUUCAAAAUGAUUCUGCUGGAUUUGUUUCCAGUCGUCGACUUGUCGCAACCGACCAGACUGACAUGUAUCCUGGAAAGCUCCUUAUGGGUAAAGCUUUCGUCAUGCCUUCAGAAGACGACGGUCAAGAUCUCGACAAGAGUAAUUCCUUUUGGUGUUCCGAACGGGUAAUCAAUGAUGGUUCACGAAACCGCAUCGUUCCCUUGAAAAAGCCUUUACCGAAUUGCGGGACUUGUCUCGAUGUUGAGCGCAAAGUACAACAAGAAUUUUCGGAUUACUUGGAUGUCUCACGCUUUCCAGCUGCCGAUUACUAUUCUGGUGCUGGCGGAUUCCUCCUUCCCGGUUUGAGUAUGUUCAAAUGGAUUUCUGCGAUCGAUUACGAUGAAGCAGCUUGUCAAACCCUACAUGAACUGAGGAAAAGGUCUCGAAGCUUGAACGUUCACCAUGCCAAGGUAUCUGACAAAAUUGAGUACACAACGGCUCGACACACGGAAGAUAAAUUAAACUCCAGAUGCCUUCCUGAACCUGGCAGUGUCUUUAUCAUGACUGGAGGUCCUCCUUGUCAAGGCCAUUCGAGAGUCAACCAUGCGAACAAUCCUUCGCCCGUGAAGCAGAGGGACCCAAGAAAUGACGAGCUGCACGUAAUGCUAGCAGAAGCAUCUCGACUUAGACCCUAUGUCAUCCUCAUCGAGAACGUGUCUGCUUUCAAGGAUGACAAGUUUAAUGAAGGUGGCGAGAAUGGGGAAGAAAACUAUGGCCGAAAAGCUAUGCAGGAAUUGGCUGAAUUAGGGUAUUCUUGUCGACUAGGAAUUAUUGACUCCCGAUCAUAUGGGACACCUCAAAACAGAUUAAGAUGUUUUAUUCUAGCUGUCAGAGCCGGGCUUCCCCUUCCUGACUUCCCGGCGCCCAGUCACUCAAACCCGAAGGUGACUGCAACCAUCUUCAAGGGUGCCGCCAAUGUUGGACAAGUGAUGCCGUUUUACAUUGGCGCACGAAAUACUCCAGGAACUGGUCCUCAUCCUGCUGUCACCAUUCACGAUGCUAUUUCUGAUCUCCCUGCCUUCAGCUAUCUCCUACCAUCGAGCAUCUCCAGGCCCAUUCGACGACGAGCUAUCCCGGUAUUUAACGGAGCUCGUCACGCACAGCUGGGUAACAGCACCAAGGUUGGCUUCACCAGCCCAAGCCCAUAUGCUUGCGAUCCACGCAACGAAUAUCAACGGGAAAAGCGAGAAGGAGUGCAGGCCCUCAAGGACCAUUACACGUCCUACGUCACAGACGGGGCAGCAGCCAUUCUCUUCUCCAAGUCCGAUCAACCCAAUCCUCGAGGCUGCGAACGACGAGCAACAUUCUCGGAAGGCUUUUCAACCUUGCUCACGAACUCGUCUCCGGGUCAAAAGGGGACAGCAGUGAUUCACCCCUCGCAGGAUCGAAAAUUCACCAUCGCCGAGAGGAAGCGGGCGAUGGGCUGGCCAGACUGGCAUAAACUUGCUGGAACCCCGAUCGAUCAAGACCGACUUACCGGCAACGGCGUCUGUUUUGAGUCAGUGCAGGCGAUGUACACUGAAAUCAUCAAGACGACCAUCGUCCCCUGGUGGGUUCAAGCUGGUCGGCCGGUCGAGAAUGUCUACGAAAAGUUCAAGAACGAUUAUCCUUGA